AUGGUUCUGGGGGUGACCCUUUACGGUCUUUAUUUGUGUCGUAAAGCUCAUUCCAAGAGUAUCUACGAAACACAAAAAUCCGUCGAUGAGUAUAUGCACUUCCAUUACGGGAACUUCGAGUCGGGUUCGCAUGGUAACUGGUACAAGGAACAUACAAUUGAUGAUGGAUUUAACUUUCCAGUUCGAUGUGUUAUUCUCUGCGCCAAACAUUGUUCAGAGUCAGACUCUACUGAGCCUCGUCGUGCCUUAGAUAUUGGUUGUGCAGUUGGCCGUUCCACAUUUGAGUUGUCCCGACAUUUUGAUAAGGUGAUUGGAAUUGACUAUAGUAAGGCAUUUAUCUCGCAAUGCAAUGCAAUGAAAGAGAAGAAGCAGAUCAAUUAUGCCAUCGCCACUGAAGGAGAUCUCUCAGAAAAAUUCAGUGCUCAAUUAGAUCCUGAGUUGGAUUUGGGCAGAGUCAGUUUUAGAGUUGGAGAUGCUUGUAACCUUCCAAAAAAUCUUGGAAAAUUCCAUUGUGUCCUGGCAGCUAACUUGAUAUGUCGUCUUUAUGAUCCGUACCUGUUUCUUGAGCAAUUGCCCAAUCUUUUAGUAGUUAAUGGUAUUCUUGUUCUCUCGGCUCCCUAUACAUGGCUGUCAUCAUUCACUCCAAAGGCACGAUGGCUAGGGGGUUAUCUUAAUGAAAAGAAGGACCCUGUCCGUGCAAUUGACACUCUUAAAGAAGUUUUGUCACCACAUUUUGCUUUGAUUAAACAAACUGACAUGCCAAUGCUUAUACGUGAAACAGAGCGGAAACAUCAGUGGACCAUGUGUCACAUCACAAUAUGGCGUCGGUUGCCCCCAGAAACCUAA